AUGGGGCUGGGCAAGACCAUCCAGACCAUCGUGUUCCUCUACUCGCUCUACAAGGAGGGCCACACCAAGGGCCCCUUCCUCGUCAGCGCCCCCCUGUCGACCAUCAUCAACUGGGAGCGCGAGUUCCAGAUGUGGGCGCCCGCCUUCUACGUGGUCACCUACACCGGGGACAAGGACAGCCGCGCCAUCAUCCGCGAGAACGAGUUCUCCUUCGAGGACAACGCCAUGAAGGGCGGCAAGAAGGCCUUCAAGAUGAAG